AUGACUGAGGAUCUAGAGACCUUUAUGGAAUAUCCAUGGGGCAGGUUAUCUUUUGAUAUGAUGAUAACCUCGAUAAAGGGUUUAGAUUUGCGGAAACUUGCAAAAGCAAAUGUCGAUGUACAAGGGUUGUUCGCUGCUCUUCAAUUAGUGGUUUUGGAAGCUGUCCCAGCAAUCGGUGAUUGCCUGAAUCCCGAUCCAGUUACAUGCAUUAUUCGGCCGGAGGUUGAAUUUGAUCCAGAUGAGGAAGACCUUAGUUGGGCGGACGACCCAGCUGAUCCAAAGGUCGACAAGAUCUUGAAACUGAUAGCUGAAGGUUUCAAGUUCACGAGUGAAAUGUUCACUGGUGGUAAAAAACCAUCCGAAAUCGCUGUCAAAGUCAAAAAAGGAGAGGCGUUGGUGGGAGACGGUGUAGCCGGUGAAAAUGAAGGCAAUAGGGCGAGGCAGAAAGGUCCAGUUAACGGUUCCAACAAAGAUGGAGAGACACAAACUGAAAAUCCUGCAAAUGUAGGCUGUCAUUCCCAAGCAGCGGGGCUGAAUGGGGUCCAUAGGGACAAUGUUAAUCAUGCUAAUACUGUGAACGCGGAAACACCGAUUCCUCGGAAUCCAACUUCACCUUCGGCUGGGCACGACAACUCCACUGCUGAUGACGGGAAUCCAGACGAGACCAACGCCUUUGGAAUCGAGGUAAAUGUUCAUGAGCACGAGGAUGGUGAUGCUGCGCACACUGAUAACCAGGACGAUGAUAGAAGUACUGAUGAUCCAUCACAACCGAUGGACGUGGCAGGAAACACCACCCGGGUCCACGAAGUGAGCAAGGAGCAGUCAGUGGAAGAGAUUGCUGCAUAUUAUUCAGAGGUCAAUGUUCACAAGGACGAGGAUGGUGAUGGUGCAAACACUGAUAUCCAGGAUGGAGAUAGAAGUACUGAUGAUCUUUCACAACCGAUGGUCGUGGCAGGAAACACCACCCGGGUACAAGAAGUGAGUAAGGAGCAGUCGGUGGAAGAGAUUCCUGCAUAUUAUUCAGAGGAUAAUGUUUGCAAAGGGGGAGACAAAACUCAGACACCAUGCGUCGAUGAGGGUAAAAAGGGGGUACAAUCUGAAAUCAAUGCUGCAAAUAUUAACAGUAGUGCCAUCGACGGGUCCAAUGUCCUAACUCCUCCCGAGGGUGUCAGCCAUACUGACAAUGAUACCAUUAUCUCGGAGUGA